CUAUUACUCUCCUGCAAAGGUACACUGUUUUGUAACCCGUAAGUCACAUGCUGUACAAUGGGAAUAGUAAAAAGAAGGGCUGGAAGGCAUCUCAAAAAAGUUCCCAACACCUGUUGCAGCUUUGUAAUCACCUCCCUUGGCGAUGUGGGUAGCUCUCAUCCUCCGCUGCUCCUCCUUCUGCCCGUCUCUUUCCAGCCCUUCGAGCAGUGAAGUCUUUGAGUGGGUUUAACCCCUCCUCAGCCACCCCCGCCGCCCGGGGCUGUACAGUGCCGACCACCGACAGUCAUCGUAACUGGCACUCUGCUUGAUCGAUCGCGGCGUGACAGCAGAUCACGACGAUUGUCUUGGGAAAGCAGGCUCUGAUGGGAGCGAGAAUUCUCAGGAAGCCCAACUGCCUGCUAAAACUGACGAGGGUGAUGUUGAGCCACAAGUUUGGGGCUCUGGUUAUCCUCACCUUUAAGUUCAUGUCCUUUGCCUCCAUCAUAUUGUACUGGAGAAUCACGGAGGACCCUAAGAGCAGAGGCCAGGUCUACAGCUCGCCUGGUGAAAUCCACUGCACUCACUCUGUGCCUUCUCCUCCCCAUGCUGCUGCCGAUGGGCCCCCCACUUCCUCGGGGGAUGUGUUUUUUGUGGAGACAUCAGAGAGAAUUAAUCCCAGUUACCUGUUCACAUGCUCUGUGGAGUCAGCAGCCAGGACACAUCCAGGGACAAAGAUUGUGGUGCUCAUGAAAGGCUUGGCAAAUGGGAAUGCCUCAUUACCCAACCACUGGGGCUUCUCAUUGCUGAGCUGCUUCCCCAAUGUGGAAAUCCGACACCUGGACUUGCCAGAGCUUUUCUCUGAAACACCCCUGGCUAAGUGGUACUUGCAGGCUCAGCAGCGCUGGGAGCCUUAUUUCUUACCUGUCCUCUCUGAUGCCUGCAGAAUUGCCAUAAUGUGGAAAUUUGGUGGCAUCUACCUGGACACAGACUUUAUUGUACUUAAGAGCUUAAAGAAUCUCACCAAUGCACUCGGUAUCCAGUCCAAAUAUGUACUGAAUGGGGCCUUUCUGUCAUUUAAGCCCAAACACAAGUUCAUGGAGCUUUGCAUGCAGGACUUUGUGGAUAACUACAACAGCUGGAUCUGGGGGCACCAGGGCCCACAGCUGCUAACACGUGUCUUCAAGAAGUGGUGCUCUAUCAGGAGUCUUCAGAGCAGUAUGAGCUGUAAAGGAGUGAGUGCUCUGCCUCGUGAGGCUUUUUAUCCCAUUCGAUGGCAGGACUGGAAGAAGUACUUUGAAGUGGUCAGCUCUUCAGAGCUUCACCACCUCUUUAAUAAUACCUAUGCAGUACAUGUGUGGAACAAGAAGAGCCAAGGGACAAGGCUAGAGAUCACGUCCCAGGCUUUGCUGGCUCAGCUGUAUUCUCACUUCUGCCCUGCCACAUACCAAAUUAUGAGGCAGGACUAUAAACAGCAGUGAUUCCAGGGCUCACUGAGAGAUGUUGCCCAGGGAGCCCACAACUUUCCAAGUGUUCCAUCACAAAUGAACUUUCUUUUGAAGUGGUGAGAGUUGAGGAUAAAAGCCAUUUAUUUGCAGGGUGUAGGUGGAGCCUGUUCAUUUUAGGUGAUGUCUGUGCAGCUCUUUGUCUUGACUUUAACUGCCUCAAAACAGAGAAGGACGAAAGAGCUAAACCAAGUUCUUUUCCUUUUCAUUCCCUUCUAGUCUGAUGCCUUUGUGGAGGAGACUUUCUCAUGUUUGCUUUGAGCAGAGAACAGGAUGCUGCAGACUUGACAUAGAUAGACAUCUAUGACAUCAAAGACUUGGAAUUUUAUUGCAAAUCAGAACACGAAGAUCUGAGACCAGCUUAUUAUUUGGAAGGAACUCUUGAGUAUUGAUGACUUAUUUUAUAGUAGUGGCAAAUUAACACCCUGAGAUGAGCUCAUUGAAGUCACGCCUUAAAUUGCACCUGAUGCAGGAAGAGCUGAACUAUUUUUUACAUUGAGUUUUUCCCUGUGACCAAAUGUCCUUAAACUGCAUUUAAGAUGCACCAGAUCUCUCAGCGCUUGAACAGAUCCUAAAGGAAAGACAUGAUAUUUCCAAGAUUACAGAGAGCUUUAUAGAGAACCUGUAUUGUCUAAAUUCAAGUCCACUUAUGAGUCUUUUGUGAUGGAACUCUUCAAGUAGCUUGGAGUGCUCCUGCAAUUCACUAUCCAGGAGUAGGGGAAAGCUUUAGUCUUCUUCCUGAGCAUCUACUUGAACUGCAAUGGAGAAAAUUAAUGUAUCUCUCACAAGGUGCUGUUGUGCCUUUGAGGGCUCUCACCACAGAGAACAAGCUGUGAGAGAAAACUCGUCCCUCAUCGUGGUGGCUGUAAGGACAUAUUGAUGCUGUCACAGUUCUUGUCAGAAAACAAUGGAGAAAGAUCAGUAAGAAACAAGAAUAACAUGGAGGAGGUCAUCAUUGUUACACCUGGUUCAACCACACUCUAAAGGGGAUUGCUGACCCACAUGAGCUUGGCACGUUAAUGCACGUGAGCAGAGCAUUGGCCAUUCCUCUCCUAUGCUACUCAAAGACUGUGAUCUCGCUGUAAAAUCUUUUCUGCCUCCAUUGAACCUCCUCUUCGUACAACUAAGAACAGCAGAGGGAUAGUUCAAUGGUGCCUUUGAUGACCAUGAGUCAAUCAGAUUUUCAAUGUCACCUGACCCCAAAGUGACAGCUCAUUCACAUGGUGCUUCCUGCAAGUCUUUUGAAUGUGACUCAAAUUAUUUCUAGAUCUGUAGUUGUCUGAAGCCUCUUCUGUUUCCCAGGUCAAUAAUAAGCAAUGUGAAAUUUGCUCUCUGUUUCUCUCAGGUUUAUUUAUCUCUUCUUUGAUGGCAAAAAUGAGAUACAAAUUGACCAUCACUCCUACAAAACAGUUCCCUGUCUCUCAGGGAAUGUGACCAUGGGAGCUUAAGGAGUGUACAUGUACUUUGGGUGUGUUUUUUUCUUUGUUGCUUGGUUUUGGAUUUUGGAUUUUUUUUUUUUAUUCUGAGCUGCCCAGUGUUGAUUGGAGGUCAGUGGUACUUUGAAUGAAAACUACUUCCCUGUAUGUUGGGCAGGGUGUGAGGUUGGUGCACAAGUAGCUACUCUGGAGCUACUGUGGAGACAUCUCCACUGGACACUGGAGAUGUCCAGUGACUGGCACCACAUGUGUGUGUAUAGUGCUGCCUCUUUUUUCUGUCCAGAUUUAUAAUAAAUCCUGGAACCAUUCAGGAUUUUGAAUGUCUGCAAUUCUCCCAACACUGAUCAUCUUUAAGAACAAAGACUUUCUAGGGAAACAGCAGAUCUGUAUGACUAUAUAAGCAUUCUUCAACACGCUAAGUGGUAUAAAUAUAUGCUAUUUUCACUCCCUUCUCUCACUCUCAUAACUCUGGGGUUUUUUUCCACUGCUUUCUUUAGAAGCAGCUGCAAAAUUAUCAGCCCUAGCUUGCUGUGUGGUCAAUGAGGCAUGGCAUCUCCUUCCUUCUGAUUUGGGGCCUCUGGGCUAAACAAGAGAAAUUACUGUGAGCUAGGAGCCCCUACCAGAGAUAGUAAAAUGGUGGUUGGUGAUCACAAGGACAUAAUAGAGGACUCUACUGUGGCAAUACCAUGAACUGAUGAUGGGAGUGUUUGGAAACCCAUUGCUUGAUGUACCACUGCUUAUUCUAAAAAAGUGCUUUUUUUGAUAAGUGGAAUGGUUUUUGUUGUUGUUUUUCUUAUUUUUUUCCUGUAGAGUCAAUGUUCAGAGAUUUAAGGAGUGAAUCAAACUGAAGCAGUCUUUGGCCUUUUUUUUCUCUUUGCCUUGUGAAAGAAAAAUAAACAGAGUUUUUAUUAUUA